AUGGAUGAUUAUGAAAUUGAGAUGAUGAAGAAAAUGGAGAGAUUAUUCAGUGCUGAAGAACUUGCAUUGUACAAUGGAACUGAUGACACGCUGCCCAUUCUUUUGGGAAUUCUUGGAUCUGUGUUUGAUGUGACAAAAGGAAAAUCCCAUUAUGGUUUGGGAGGGGGUUACAAUCAUUUUGCUGGAAGAGAUGCUUCACGAGCAUUUGUUUCUGGCAACUUUACAGGAGAUGGAUUAACAGACUCUUUACAUGGUUUAUCAAGCAUAGAGGUGAAAAGUGUUGUUGAUUGGCGGGACUUCUACUUGAGAUCAUAUACGUUUGUCGGUAAGCUCGUUGGAUGUUACUAUGAUAGCCAAGGAAAUGCCACAAAAUAUUUGAAAGGAGCUGAAGCCAAGGCUGCCCGAGGUUCGCAGCUUUUGGAGAAGCAGAAAAUAGAAGAAGCCAAGCAACCAAAUUGCAAUUCAAGGUGGAGUCAGGAUGAUGGUGGAGAGGUAUGGUGUGAUGUUGGGUUGCCUAGACUAGUUCAAAGAACUCUAGAAAUUGCUUUGACUGGGAAGAUGAGUAAAAGAUGCGCUUGUUUCACAGAGGACCAGCUGGAUCAGCCUGGGUUAGAAGUAUAUGAUGGAUGCGAUUACCUGUCCAAGACUUGCAAAGUUUGAUCCGGACUCGGAGAUCCUUUCUUGUAUAUUUUCUAAAUCUCAUGAACCUUUCAUAUCUUAACAUAAAAAUAUUAUUUUAAAAAAAUAAUAAUUAGCCAAGCUGUUUUUAUGGAAAAUUUAUUUGGGCAAGCUUGAAUGUGCUUGUAAAAGUACCCUUUUGAAUACCAAAAACAUGCCUGAAUUUAUGCGUGAGCCAGAACAAAGGAUUCUGGUGAUUAUAUAUAUA